UUCAUCUAUCAUUAAAUCGAGGGUAGGCUGAACCGACGCAAUAAGAUAAUUUGUGGGCCAUUAAGUAGAGCGUGCAUAUGAAUAUGUGAUUAAAGCUGAAUUUAAACUUCCUUUACAUUUAAAUUUGAGUUAAACUUCUAAAAAUGAGUACCGAAUAUCAACGAAUACAAUAGGGAAGGGAUCUCAAAGUGCGAUCACUAAUAUGUUUGUCAACAUCAGGAUAAGGAUAGACAAAACAUCACGAACAUGAAUAGAUACCUGAAAAGGAUCUAAGUUUAUGUAUACAGUACCAGCGAUAAAGUAGAUGGCGGAAAACGAUGUUGAGUUUGAUCCUAAUGCCGGUGUUCCUACGUGGGUGAACAUUGUGGUACCGAUAGUGACGGGUCUGCUGUUUGCCCUACUCCUACUGUUCUUGUAUAGAACAAAACUAGAAGUUGACGUCGAGACGAUUGAAGACUGGGUCGACCGAGUGCCUGUGCUCAACAAGUACCUAACUACAGAUUGGAUCGAAGAGGAAGAUGAGGCAAAUGAAGCUGGAACUAAUGAACCUAGAAGGGGUCAAACGGAUAAUCGCUCGACCCAUCAGAAAAAUGGGAGAAUGACCCCAGAAGAACAAAGAAAGUUCGCGAGAUCAAAUGGCGCGUUCCGGAAGUAUGACUCCGUGUCAAGUGUUAAAACUAAUGGCAAUGUUUCUAAUGUUUCAGGAAGUGUAGAUUCCAGAAGCGCGUCUUUCCUUCAUAGAGGUUAUGGCGGCGGUUCGAUUUGCUUUGAAAGUAAUGUUUAGUGGUCGAUCGAAGUACAGCGAAAGUGCUUAUUGAAAGUACUAAUUGAAAAGACAUUCUAGCGCUCUACAUUAAAUUUUGAUUAAAAUUGUACACGAUUUCUCAUAAAAUUGCAAUAGAAUGACAUUUUUAACAGCGAAAUGGACUAAUAUUGAAGGUGCUUAUUAGUAAUACACGGUAGCGCUUUACAUGAAAUUUUAAUUUUAAUUGUACACGUUUUCUCUUAAAAUUCCAAUAAACUAAGAUUUUUAACCGAGAAAGUUGCUAAUUAAGUAAUAAAAAACAUGACAGCGCUUUACAUUAAAUUUUGAUUUAAAUUGUACAUGUUUCUCAUAAAAUUGUAAUGAACAUAUUAAACAACUUAUUUUUUUCUUUAAUCACAUGCUGCAGUCAUUCGCUAUACCAUAAAUUAAUAGGCACUUACAACGAAGCUUUAUGGGCUGUCACGAGUUAAGCGAUGUUAAAGCAUUCGUUUUCGUUCUUUAUCUUAAUAUAUACAAAACAAACAAAUAGACGAAUCAAUGAAUGGCAGAUUUACGACAAUUGUCACUAUCCAAAUAAUUUCUUUUAUAACUCGCUUGUUUGCUUUGGUCAUAUAAAAAGCAUACACUAAAUGAACAAUGUACAUCGCCGUAAUGCAAAAGAGUCUCUGUGGUACACAGACAUAAUGUACACAUUAAUAUUUCUUUAGGUUCAAUUUUGAGAAAGACGGUAAACUUUAAUAUUUCUUUAGGUUCAAUUGUAAGAAAGUGUGAUACAAGUUUCCUUUCACUGAUAAAUUUUUAGUGAUAAACCUUUAACAUUUACUAAAAUUGCGUCUAUAAGAAGUAUUAAUUACUGAUAAUAAAAUUGUAACCGUGUAUUUAAAAUCAGAAAACGCAAAAAUAUUAAAUGAUUGGUGGGUGCUAAAAAGUUGACAGUGAUCAGCUGUCGUCUCAUAAGUUAGAAAUACCGUGUUUACUGUACCUAUUUUCAAAUUAAACAUCGAUAAACACUUCAUAAGAACCAUUGUUUUCGAUAUGUAUUCAUCCUUUUCGGUAAAUUAAAACAAUUGUAUUAAUUGUGGUACAUCUUAUUUGGGAAUAAUAGUGCAACUUUAAAUUCAUUGACAAUAAUACAAUUAAAACAACAGGGACAAGCCCAGUAGCCAAACAUUCAAAUUUAAACCCCGUUUAGAGACACAAGGCAAGGGCUUAAAGGCCUAGUUUCAGGAAUGUUUCGCAUGACAAUUCUCUGCUGUGCAUCUUCUGCUAAUUGCACCGAUGUCACAGUAGGGGCCAAUUUCCUGUGUAUUUGUUUUUUUUAUAGGCUCAGGGCCAUUUUCUAUUAUAAAACCUCCAAAACUGCACAGCAGGACACUCAGAUCAGAGAUCUGAUAAUACAAUUAGGCAAUUAGAUUAAGAUAAAUACACAGAGGUUGUGUACUAUACACGAUUUUUUUUCGGGGGGGGGGGGGUCACUUAUAGAAGGAUUAAACAUGACCUUAAACAUAAAAUUAGACAAACAGAGCGCACUCGGAUGAAAACAGCUUUCAUGUCAAUAAAUGAUAGGAUUACCCUCUUGGAACUGUCACUGAACAUCGAGCUCUCUUGAAAACGAGUGGUCUGGGGUUUAGACUAUUGUUUAUACGCAUAACCUUAUAAAUAAAUCACAAUGCAAUAUACCGAAAGAAACAGAUACAUAUUGUGAAAUCACUUUUGUGUUUUGUUGCAAACAGGUUUAAAUGUAUGAUAUCAGAUAUCAAAUGUCAAUGUCGGGAUUGGCUGCUGUAAUUGUAUGUUAUUUUGACCGAUAAUUGCAUGAUAUCAGAAAUCAAAUGUCAAUGUCGGUGAUUGGGCGCUGUAAUUUUAUGUUUAUUUGACUGAUAAUUGUAUGAUAUCAGAUAUCAAAUGUCAAUGUCGGUGAUUGGCUGCUGUUAAUUUAUGUUAUUUUGACCGAUAAUUGUAUGAUAUCAGAUACUAAAAUUUCAAUGUCGGAGAUUGGUUGAUGUUAUUUUAUGUUAUUUUGACCGAUAAUUGUACGAUAUCAGAUAUCAAAUGUCAAUGUCGGUGAUUGGCUGCUGUUAUUUUAUGUUAUUUUGACCAAUAAUUGCAUGUUAACAGAAAUCAAAUGUCAAUGUCGGAGAUUGGUGUUGUAAUAUGAUGUUAUUUUGAUGAAUAAAUGGAUGGUGUCAGAUAUCAGAUGCCAAUGUCAGAGAGUU